AUGUCUACCAAAACAUCAACUGCCAAGAACACUUGUAGACGCGCAUCUGUAUCCAAGCCAAAGAAUGGAUUGAACCCACGAUCGCGAUCCGGCUGCACUACUUGCAAGGCCAAACACACAAAAUGCGACGAAACAAGACCGGAAUGUCUAAGAUGUGUACGCAAAGGCGUCAAGUGUGGUGGUUAUUGGAAAGAGUUCAAGUGGUCCUUUAAACACCAACCAGGCGAGAUAGAAGUUGACUUCACCACAUCUACAUCACCGACAUCAUCGUCACGCAGAGGAUCUGAAGUUCAGCCCGAGACUUUACCAACAGCAACUUCUUCUACGGUCAUGGAUACUAGCGAGCUUGACCAGUACUUCCAAGUUGAAGAAUUACCUGUCCAAGACACUGCCUCGAUUCUGGACGACAACACUUGGACGACGAGUCCCUGUUCAAAUUCCGAUACAGACCUCUUGACGCGAUCGGAUUCAAUUUCAGAGAAUUGCGAUAUGACAAUAUCCACCGUCGGAAUGACAUCCCGAGCCCUCAGUCCCCCUCUCGAACCGCAAUACUACCAAGCAACGCCACUUACAGUUGGGCUCAUCACCGACACUUCAUCCCUACUCAUCAGCAACUGGUUCGAGCAGGUCUGCACGUUAUGGUCAGGUUUUGACUCGGACUUUAAUCUCAACCGAAAACUGGCGCUUGAGCUGUGUACGAGUUCUCAGUCCGUGUUUAGUUCGCUACAGAGCAUGUCGGCCGGCUUCCUAUCUACGCGGUUACCCCAUAUGAAGCAAUCGGCAGUGUACUUCUUGCAAGCAGCGACGACAUCGGUACUUUCAGAGGCGCAAGAUAUCCUACGGAAUCCAUGUACGGAUAGCCUGCCUGCGGGUGUUCUGUUCUCGCUAUUCUGCGUGGGAACGACAAUGUGUUGGGUCGAUGCGAGGCAAUUGGGUCUACCGUUCUUUCAAUCAGCAACAGAAAUUCUGGACCGUCUGAACCGCCGAGUUGGAACACUCUCAGCUAAAGACCUGGAACUUUUAUCCUUCUUUAACAGAAGUCUGACGUAUUGCGAGAUGCUCCUUGCGGUCGUGGACCAAGACGACACAGAGACAACCCAAACUGACAGCGCGAUGCAACUCGCUGAGCGAUACAUGGACGAUUCUCCUCACCCGUGGACAGGAAUUUCUCCCCUCUCGUCACAGCUUUUUGGGCAAUCGAUACGUCUCUGCCGAAGUUUCCGCCGGAACCUCAAAUUACCCAAAGAAACAGGCCGAGAUUUCCAGCGAGCCUUGGAAGAGAUACAGGAAGCGCAGCGACUGGAAGAGAAGUUACUGGGUCUCGAGUUUCAGAGCAGUCUUUCCACUACGGACACGGGCGAUUACCGGACACCGUCGCUUCAUCUUGCACAGGUUGCAGAGGCGUACAAACUUGCCGCGCUGCUCCAUCUCUACCAGACAUUCCCUGAUCUUGUGGCCCUGCGACUGCCGAGCAAUUCAGUGCAUUUGAACAGUCGCCAUAUUCCCUGGGAGGAGUGGAUUAUCCCAUUGAGUCUUCGCCUGGUUAGGGUCCUAGAACUCAUUCCGCCUAAUUCCGGCACUCGGGUUAUUCAGCCGUUGCUGUACAUUACCGCCAGCACGGGUCUUCGCUACGAUGCGACCACGAUGCUGGAUAUAUCGACGUUUCCGUCAGAAGCAGACUUUGCCUCGUCGAAUUUCGCCAAUGACCCCUUUGCGCCCCCACCUACCAACCUUAUAUCGCGCAUGUCUCUCGAUAUCAGCAACGCGCGGCACUUUAUCAUGGGUCGGUUAAACAUGCUGGAGAGCAGCUUGCCGCCGAAGCCGGUGGUCAUGGCCAAGGAGCUUAUCAAGGCUAUCUGGGAAGCUUAUGAUGAUGAACCGCCUGGUGUGGCUGCAGUGCAUUGGGUUGAUGUUAUGGAAGAUAAGAAUUUGAGGUCAAUGUUUGGAUAG